CAAAAUGACAAAUGUUACUAUUUUAUGUCACUUGUUUUAUCAUGAUCAAAAAUAAUGAUAUGAUACAAUUUUAUUUUACACAAUAGUUCUUGCAAUUCGUGAUUUGUAUUAUCUACUUGUUAAAUAUGAGAAGACUGUAAUAAACAAAAGAUUAACAGAUUCAGUUACUGACACGGCGAUAUCGAGAAGCAAUGCCGGAACAUCUAGAAUUGCAACAUCUAGUUGACCUUUCUGCUGGGAGCGGGGAUGAAACCCUGCCGAAUCUGCUUGAAAACAAGAGGCCGCUGUUAAAGAGAUGCCCAUAUCUAGGCCUUAUAUUAGCAACGCUUUCGUCUUUAUUCUUCUCGUUAUGCUCAGUAAUCGUUAAGAGUCUCGUGAAUAUUGAUCCUAUGCAGCUCGCCAUGUUUAGGUUCAUAGGAGUGCUAUUGCCGACAAUACCUAUAGUCAUAUACACAGAACAGCCAGUAUUUCCUCCGGGCAAACGAUUGUUACUCGCCUUACGGUCGAUUGUGGGCACAGUUGGUUUAAUGUUAAGUUUCUAUGCAUUUCGGAACAUGCCAUUGGCUGAUGCAUCUGUAAUAGUGUUCUCUGUACCAGUAUUUGUAGCCUUAUUUGCACGGGUGUUUUUAAAAGAACCUUGUGGCAUUUGGAAUACAAUAUCUAUUAUAUUGACUCUAAUAGGUGUAAUUCUGAUAACUCAUCCACCUUUUCUCUUUGGAAGUGAGCCUGUAUCUGACCAGAAUCAAAACUAUAAUAGCUUAAGAGGUGCAGUUGCCGCUUUUAUAUCUACAAUAUUUGGAGCUAAUGCUUAUGUACUGUUAAGAGUCCUCAAAGGUUUGCAUUUUUCUGUAAUCAUGACAAAUUUUGGUGCUAUAGCAAUAUUACAGACAUUGUUUUACUCUUUUAUUUUUGGUGUAUUAUGUAUGCCAAAUUGUGGUACAGAAAGGUUUCUUGUUGUAUGCCUGGCUCUCUUUAGUUACUUAGGACAAAUACUGUUGACAAUGUCUCUGCAAAUGGAGCAGGCUGGCCCUGUAGCGAUUGCUCGGUCCGCUGACAUAGUAUUUGCAUUUCUUUGGCAAGUUAUGUUCUUUAAUGAGAUACCUAGUAAAUUCUCUGUGUGUGGAGCUAUUUUAGUAUUGAGUUCAGUGAUGCUUGUUGGCUUACGAAAAUGGGCCCUAGCUUUGCCAGCAGAUUCUCAGUUGAGAAGUAAGUUAGGAGUGUUAGCACAAUAAUUAAGGUAUAAUAAUAAUGUAACAUUGAAUCUCACAUACUUAUCACAUUGUACCUAAUUUCAUAGUGCAAUAUUUUAUUUUUCUUUUAAUUUAAACACUUAAAUUUAGAUUAUUAAUAACCACAAGUGAGAAACAUCUAAAUUCAAGUGUUUUAAAUGAAAUUGUAACCUGUAAGUGUAACUUAUUUACUCAUAAAAACAUUAGUCGUAUCGCUUCAUAUAUUUAUAGGAAUGACACAAUAAUUACUCUAAUAUAUUUAAGUAAACCUUUCACACUAUAAGACUGUUAAGUAAGUCCACCUCAAACUUGUGUUGUGUCCUUUGCCUCAUGCCACUCACAUUGUGUUCCUAUUUGGCUUUAAUUUCUAUUCUAGUCCGCAAUGUCCAUUUUAUAUUAUUAAAAUUACAAUUUAUUUAAAUUACAUUUUAAAAAUCUAUUAACAUAUAUUUCAGUCACUAUUUUUUAAAUUAUUACAGGUCAGUUUUUAAGAGCUCUAUGUCUAAUUUAUAAUAGAAAAUGGCAACUUUUUAAUUAGAAUGAGUCAUGUUAGUAAAUGCUUAUGUAGUACAUAGAUAUAAUACAGUCAAAUAAUCUAAACCAACAUAGAUAAGUAAUGUACUUGUUACAACUUUUUUUUUAAAUCCCUUCUGUUUUCUAAUUUGAAUAUUAGGAAGAAAACUUAUUAAUUGAAUAUGUUACUUAUUUAAACAGUUAUUCACAUAUGAGACUAAGAAGCUAAAUUUUACUUGUUUUGAUUUUGAUUUUAGAGAGGCACAUUUUAUUGACCUGUUUCUAAUAUAAAAAUUAUAUUACCUAUUGUUAAGUUUGCACUGCUUAUUGCAUAUUUUCUCUAAUAAUUUUAUUUAUUGUUUAUAUUGAAGGCAAUCAAUAUGUACCUGUUUCAGAUACAUAUCAUGUCAUUCAAAUUUAAUCCCAGACAAAAAGAAAAUAUAUUUACACUGAAAAUUGAUUUUGUUUAUCUGCAGCAUAAAUGAAUCUAUUUCAAUACGGUU